UCUUCAAUUGCCACCAACCGGUACCGGUACCGGUACCUGGUACGCUGUGACUGGCACAUGCUUCUUUCGUCCGUUUUCUUUUUUCUCACUUUCAGCAACCAACCUCUUCAUCGUCUCAAAGUUGGCUGCCACCAUAGCUGCCACCAUGAUGUCAACAACCUCAACAUCUACGAUCGAACGAGUGCCUGCAACGCGAAGUGCCUCUGGUAUUCGUCAGAGACACACGGAGACAGCCAAAAAGAAGAAUGUGACAACGAUACAACCCAAAAGUGCUGACAAGACACUUCUGGAGAAAUUAAUCAACAGCAAAGAGGAACCUCUCUAUGGUCACAUUCACAAGGUUCUGGGAAUUAGUUGUCUCCUUUCCUUUAUCUACCGCUUUUGGAAUGUAUUCAAUGGCAAAGGUGGAAAUUUUGGGCCUCAUUGGGGGACCCUUGGCUUUUGUGCGUUGCAUCUUUCUUUGCACUUGACAAGCUACAUUUUCGAAUUGCCGCCUCGUCGCAUCUCCCACGGAUACCGCAUCUGGAACGAAUUUCGACACCAUGCAUUGGUCUUUACAUCUCGUAGCUUGCUGUGCAUGCUCGUGAUUGCCUACGAACAACAUUUCCAUCCACAACAAGCUCAAAAUCAACCAGACUCGUUUUGGUAUGCCAAUCUCGCCAUUGUACUGGCCACUUGCGCGGGAGCCGAUUUGGGGACACGCAUUGGACAAGGGACCACCGUGGCACAUACCACCAUUCGAGGUACUACGUUGGCGGACCCGUUUGAACAUUGGUUUGCGUCCGAACAACAAUUCAUGCUGACGGCUUUCUCGUUGAUUGGAUUUGAUUCACGCUAUACGGCCCAUUUGUCGGCCGUGUUUGUCAUUCAAUGCAAUGCCCUUUGCAUGACAUUGCAACGCCGCAAUGUUGCCUCACAACCCGUACUUACCACGGUCUACGGAGCCAUGCUCGUAUUUGCCUUUUGGGUCAUUGUCUAUGAGGAUCUCGAAGCCGAAAAGGCACUCGUGCCGGCCACAUUUGGAGCCGUGGCUGUCAUUCUUCGCAUGGGACCAUGGCAUAUCAACAAGUAUCUGUUGUGGAUCUUGUUGGGAUUGGUCUGGUAUGGCAUCCAAACCACACACAUUGUGUCAACCUACAACAGCGAGUUUUGGUUGGUCGCCUUUGGAGUCUCCAAACUCAUUGCCCUCGGAUUGGGAUUACGGAAACGGGCUCAACAGGUGGACAUGCCCAAGAAUCCAAUCAUCUACCGAUCGGUGAUUGCCAGUCAUGUCAUUCUGGGUAUUCACAUUUUGCUGGUGUACGUGGGGGUGUAUUAAGAUUGAAAGUGCAAAUCAUGGAAUACUAUUGUCGUGCUGCUCCAUUGCUACCGAUUUCACGCGGCACUGCGGCAUGGCUGGAACAGCAGACAGAGGUUGUGGAACUAGGAGAUUGUUAUAAAGUAGGAGUAUCAUAUUGAAAAGUAUGAGGUAUUUGGCUCGAAGAACGAAUCAACCACAGAUUGGCCAGAAGACAGUUUCCCUGGUGGCUGCCUUUGGUCAAGCUGGUGGUCUCCAGCGGCAUACGGCACAUCGUACCGAUCUGUUGCACAGAGGAUCCGCAGCUUGCUGCGCUGGGACUCUGGCAUUCCCUGGUUCUGCAUCACACACACACACACACACAAGCAAGCCCAAAGGUGUUGUUCACAAAGUGUUUGGUAUUCUCAAGCAAGCGAGGGAGGUUGUGGGGCUUCCUGAUGCAGCACGAAACAAUGCAAUACCAGCUAGCAACGGUUCCGAUAGCUUUCGCUUGGGAUCGCAGCUUGCUUGGAAACGAACCAACUCUUGAAAUGGAUCUUUCUCCUUGCACCAUCUUGUUGCUCGUGGACUCUUGCAAAAUUCUCAAGUGAGCGACCACCCAAAACCAGUCAUCUUACGAUGCAUCCUGGCACACCUCGAGGUUGUAGCUAAACUAGCUACUAGUUUCAGCCGAAGAAGUCGCUCGGGCCCUUUCAACUCCCGCAGACCACGACUAGUUUUACAACCCACUGUAUCCAUACAGGUGGCUGGGCAAAGGAGACAACUGCAACCCUUUUUUAAAUCAAUAGAGUGCAGGAUCACUCUUCGGUCUUGAGAAGCGAACUCUUCAAGGCAGAAUACAAUCGGAGUGCAAGAUAGAUCAUCUAUCUUUUUCAAAGGCCAAGUGCAGCUGAUCCCAUCCCAAGCAACCAUCAAGGUCUGAAUUGUUCAGAGCUAACCCAUCCAGUAGACUACAUGCUUUAUAGGUGGAUAAUAAGAUACUAGCUAGUAGCCAUAUUGCCAUGGAGUUAGACUGGGUGUUGGAAUGCCUUCCCCG